CCGACUUUGUCAAGUGCAGUCGGUUUUUUUUUUAAAAUAACAAAUUGUAAUGGGUUCUAUUGGAAAAAUCGGUUUCCUUGGAGGAGGCAACAUGGCUAAAGCCUUGGCAAAGGGCUUCAUUGCAGCAGGUCUUACCAAACCAAACGGUGUCAUUGCAAGCGUACAUCCCGCUGACAAGAUAUCACUGCAAUCCUUUCAAGAACUGGGCAUUGAAACGCUGGUAGAGAAUGCACCCGUUGUGGAGCGAUCUGAUGUUGUAUUUGUGUCCGUAAAGCCGCAGGUGGUGCCCAAAGUGCUGGCAGAGAUUAGACCAUUGAGUGCCAAUAAACUCUUUCUCUCUGUGGCCAUGGGCAUCACUCUGAAGUGCUUGGAGUCCAGUUUAUCCGCAGAGUCGAGAGUAAUACGCGUCAUGCCCAACACUCCGGCUUUGGUUCGUUCCGGUUGCUCGGUCUAUGUACGUGGCAGCAAGGCGAAUGAUGCAGAUGCUCAGAUAACCCAACGCCUGCUAGAGGCUGUUGGCACCUGCGAGGCCUGUGACGAAUCCCAGCUGGACAUUGUUACGGCACUGAGUGGUAGUGGACCCGCCUAUGUAUUUGUGAUGAUCGAGGCGCUGGCUGAUGGCGCUGUGCGCAUGGGAAUGCCCAGGGAUAUGGCUUAUAGGUUGGCCGCACAGACGGUGAUGGGUUCCGGGCACAUGGUCAGAGAAUGCAACACUCAUCCCGGUCAAUUGAAAGACAAUGUCACAAGUCCAGCUGGUUCAACAGCCGCUGCCUUAAAGCACCUCGAGUUAUCAGGUUUCCGUGCGGCGGUGGCGGGAGCUGUGGAGGCGGCAACGAUGCGCUGUCGCCAGAUAUCAAGCGAGACUUAGACAUAAUUUACAUAUAUGUACAUACUUUUCUUUUAUAAUAUUAAUAAUAAUAAGAAUAAUAAUUGUAAUUAU